AUGUCAUUCCAUAACGGUCUUAACGGCCUCACUGGCCUGAAAGGUGGUAUCCAUGCUGCCAAAGGUUUCAACAGCAACGGCAACUAUCACUCCAGCCCCGUCACACCCACUCGCACCAACAGCGCAGUCGUCGAGAGUGAUUCGGAGCUUGCCGCGCUCUACCAAAAGUUUGAGCACUACCAGCAGUUCGAUGCCGACAAGAACAAAUUCAUGACUGACCUAUUCACGCGCCUUGAGUAUGCCAUCCAGAAGAACCAGAGCCUUGAAGCAGAUCGCAAGCGCGACACUGAGUUUGUUGGCUCGUGGAAAGCCGAGAAGGUGCAAUAUGAGAAAUACUUCAAGACGUUGAACCGGGCCAUGGCGGAUAACCCAUUUGUCAUGGUUCUAGUCGAUGGCGACGGCAUGAUAGUGAGUUGCACAGGCGCUGCACUGCUGACGAUUACUGACAAACACCAGUUCGAAGACCAGUACCUCCAACAGGGUGAGGCCGGAGGCCGUCGAGCCGCCUCCCAGCUCUAUGCGGCAGUCCAGGAAUACAUUGAGACGGAGGUUUCUGAUGUUCCGCUCGGCAUACGCAUCGUCUGCCGCAUGUAUGCCAACGUUCGAGGCCUCGGCGAUGUGCUUGUUCGCAAAGGCAUCAUCGAACACAUCGGCCUCUUCGAGGAUUUUGUCCGCGGUUUCACACGUGGCAAGACCCUUUUUGACUUUGUGGAUGUCGGUACCGGAAAAGAUCGCGCAGACGAAAAGAUUAUUGCUGCAGAAUCCUUCAAGAUGUUCUCGCAGGACUACCAUUGUCGCCGCCUGUUGUUCGGAUGCUCGCACGACAACGGCUACGCUCGCUCUCUCGAGGAGUGCUCUGAUAGACCCGAUGUCGUAAGCAAGACUGUACUUCUCGAGGGCGUUCCAUUCGAGAAAGAGCUAGUGCCGCUGCCAUACAGCACCAAGAAGUUCAAGAAUUUGUUUCGCGAGUCCAAGAUCGUCCUGCCAGGCGCCUACAGUUACUCCCAGCCAACGGCUGCUCAUGGGUCCCCGCCGUCCAUUCAUCAGACGUACAACAUGCUUUCAGGACUGCCUUCCCGAUUCCCAGCUCCAACCCGCACGCCCUGUCUGAUGGACAGCCCUAUCCCAAAUACGGCAGCAUUGGCAAACGCCGGAAUGCCUCGCACGCCCUCAUCGUCGACACUAGCUUCAGACGGAGGAGCAGCAGUCAAGCAGACCAACACUUGGGCCUCCAUGGCUGCAGCUCCAGCGCCACCCAAGACAGACGAAUCGCCGGUAUACAAACCCAUGUUUCGCGAAGAAGCCAUUGUCCGUAACCGUGGAGGGCAGCGCAUCGACCCGUCUACUAAGAACUACGAUAAGGUCGAGGUCGACCGCGUCAAGAAGAUGAAGCUCUGCAACGUGCACUUUCUGCGAAACAGCUGCCCCUUUGGCGACACCUGCAGCCACGAGCAUUCUCCCAAGCCCAACUCGACAGAGCUUGAGACCCUUCGCCUCGUCGCGCGCAUGGCUCCGUGCAUGUCUGGGAGCGGCUGCCAGGAUAUUAAGUGCAUCUAUGGCCACCGCUGCCCAGCGCCUCCUUCUCGCACACACCACAGCAAGGGCACAAAGUCGUGUAUUUUCGGCGAGGCGUGUAAGUUCCCUCCUGAGCUACACGACAUCGACAUGACAGUGGUGAAGACUCUGGUCGUUCGCUAG